AUGAUGUUGACUGCAUAUGUCAAUGGAAGAAAGAAAGAUCUUGUUGUUGCUGUUCAAAAAAGUGGCUUUGCAUGGGCUUUGGAUCGCAACAAUGGCAACCUCAUUUGGUUUACGGAAGCUGGCCCAGGUGGAACAAUAGGAGGUGGAAUAUGGGGUGCGGCGACUGACGAAAAGAGAGUUUACACCAACAUUGCGAACUCUGAUGACAAAAAUUUCACUCUUGCACCAUCAAACAUAACUACAACUAGUGGUGGUUGGGUGGCAAUGGAUGCAAGUAAUGGGAAAAUUCUGUGGUCUACUGCUAAUCCUAGUAACAGCUCUUCCAUUGGACCUGUUAGUGUUGCAAAUGAUGUGGUCUUUGCUGGAUCAGUAGACAAACAGGGAUCAAUAUAUGCAAUGAAUGCAAAUAAUGGGAAGAUUUUGUGGUCCUAUAAAACUGGAGCAAGUGUCUAUGGAGGCAUGUCCAUUAGCAAAGGUUGCAUAUAUGUAGGUCAUGGUUUUAAUGUUAAUCUAGCGUUUGGCCGCUUGUCGGGCGGAACCUUUCUGUUUGCAUUUUGUGUGAAGCAUCAUUAUACUAAAUGAUCAAUAGUUAAAAGGAAGAUAAAAAUUAUAUUAUGUACUGUGCUAUGACUAAUGGACACUAAAUAAGUUACUAAUAAAAUGAGCAACAGAAGCAAGUUAUAUGAUAGAAUGGCAAGUUGUAUUUGUAGCAUUUCUUUUUAUGUCUGCAUAUGGAUUGUUUACUAAUAUAAGACUCAAUAAGUAUGUGAAUCCCUUCAUUUUAAAGUGUAUAUUGCUUUGACUAAAUUUGUACACAAAUAGCAAAUCAGUACUCGAAAGAUGGAGAAGGAAACUCACGACUGUGGUAUACUUACACCUUUUCCUUGUGGCGCUGGCGACGGAAGAACACUUGGGAACUUUGAAUAUUUUGACUGCAGCA